AUGCUACUGAGACUGCAGCCAUAUGACCUUGUCAUUCGCUACCAACCAGGCAAGAGCAUCGAAAUCACGCAUGCACUCUCCAGGUUAUCACCACAAGAAAACGAGGCCAUCCCUGGGAUGAAUGUCCAAGUGCAUGACAUCCACCCUCAAUUCAGUAACAGCAUUCUGCAAAGAAUUACAGAACAAACUGCAUCAGACCCAGAGCUCACCGCUCUGAAGGAAAUGAUCCAUUCUGGUUGGCCAUUGACCAUCCAGCAAGUCCCAGUGCCCUUAAAGCCUUAUUGGCCCUUUCGCGAUGAGCUUGCUGUAGAUGAUGGGAUAGCCAUGAAAAGUCACCGCAUCAUUAUCCCCACCAUACUACAGAGGGAAAUCUUGACAAAGCUCCAUGCAGCACACCAAGGAACUGAGAAGACAAAGCUCAGGGCUAGGUCGUCAGUAUACUGGAGAGGGCUAAACAAAGACAUAGAUGAGAUGACCAAGACAUGUAGCACUUGCCAGGAGCUACACCCGAGCCAGCAAAGAGAGCCCCUGAUCCCCACAGAGGUGCCACCAAGGGCAUGGCAUACUAUUGGCACAGACCUCUUUACCUUAGAGGGUUCAGAGUACCUAGUAGUCACUGAUUACUACUUGAAGUAUCCAUUCGUUAGGCAGAUACCAAGAGGACAAAGCAACAGCCACACAGUAGUCAAAAUGCUGAGACAGACUUUCAGCAAGCAAGGAAUUCCCAAGGUAGUAAGAUCUGAUAAUGGGCCCCACUACAGUGGUCAAGCAUUCCAAGAAUUUGCAAGAGAACUGGGUUUCCAGCAUGUGACAAGUUCCCCACACUAUCCACGCAGCAAUGGUUUUAUUGAAAGCCGAGUAAAAUCAGUUAAAGCUGCUCUUCUCAAAGCGAAAACCACCCACAGGGACCCUGACAUGGCCCUCCUGUGCCUGAGAACCACACCCACUGAUCACAAACUGCCAUCACCUGCUGAACUACUUCUCGGUCGAGCAAUCCAGGACAACCUCCCAAGGAAAAUCCCCAGAGAUGCCUUAAGGUGGCUCCCUAUAGUUUUACGAUCGCACGUGCGCUGA